CCUUCAAGUGCUCGCAACUCCCAUCAGUGGACGAUACCCUAGGAGCGUUGCCCUACUUCACGGAUGAGCCAGUCAAAAUCGCGAAUGUGAAAUUCAAGUAUCAUGUGUAACAAGCAGCAAAAGCUCUUUUGUAUGCUGCUAGAAAUCCUUAGAAAAUAUCUAUUCUCCGCCUUUUUCAAUGUCAUUCACAGAACUUAUUGCCUUUGCAGUUUUAACUGAAAAUGACCUCGUUUGAUGCCGAAAAAUCUGUAACUGAUCCGAAUAUCGAGAUACAGUGGGCUGAACAUUGUUUCCGUGAUGCAGAAGAUUAUUUUCGCUUACUUUGUUCAGUCUCUGACCCCUCACAAUUAAGACUGACUGCCAUAGAUGAUUUCAUAUACGACAAAUUUAUGGGAGAGUUUAGUGAUAUACAAUUAGACGUUAUUUCUGAAGAUUCUUUGAAAUCGGAGCAAUCAAAAGCAAAAUGGCGAUCAUUCUGCAAUGAGUUUGAAAGGAAAGUUGAAGAUUUCAACUUCGGUACUUUAUUGAGACUUGAUGCCUCAAAAGGAUACUGUCCAGAAAACACCUGCAUCGUUCCUAGAAUACAGUUCCUUGCCCUAGAAAUCGCACGUAACCGCCUUGGUAUCAAUAACACUGAGAACCUCAGACAAAUACAGGGAUAAAUUUGUACAUAUCUUGUAUAUUUUUUCUAUAAAACUUUAUAAUUGGCCUUGUUUAAAGACUUUAUUGGGAUUUUAAAGAUGAUGAAUCGAAGCUCACUACAUGUAUGAAUAUUUUUUAAUAACAUCAAAAACAACUACGCU